AUGUCCCAAGCAGCCAAUAGACCCUUGAAGGAAUUCAACAAAAUAAAGACCAAGCCAGUAGAAGGAUGCUCCUUUGAUCUUGUCAAUGAUAAUAUGAGACAUUGGAAGAUUGUUAUUGCUGGACCUACAAAUACACCUUAUGAAGGAGGAAAGUUUGAAUUUGAUGCUCAACUUCCUGACAACUACCCAUUCAAUCCUCCUAAAUUCAUCUGUAAGACAAAGACCUACCAUCCAAACUUUGAUAACAAUGACGGAAGUAUUUGUCUCGGUAUUUUGAAAAACGAUGAAUGGAAACCAACUUGUAACAUAGAAGCAGUCGUAUUGGCCAUUCAAGAAUUAAUGAGAAAUCCAAAUACAGCCUCGCCACUUGAUGCCGAUGCUGCUGAAGUUUAUGUCAAUGACAGGACCAAGUUUGACAAGACUGCUCGUGAAUUCACCAAGAAGUAUGCCAAGUAA